UUCUCCAAAUUCCUGUUUUCCUCAGUUUCGAUUCCACUUCCAUUGUGGGGAGUUGAAACUAAUACAGCUACUGGAAAAGGAAAUUGAAGGAUAGGCUCGAAUCUAUGGAUCGACAGUUCCGAAUAACCCGAAGCGGUAGAGAAAGAUGAAGACUUCAAAAAGAUGAAGAAGUCGAAAAGGGCGAAGUAAGUCUAAAAAGUUGACGGACCGAGUAGGUCCCAUAUGCCAGAGCGUUCGGAAGAUGCUAUGAAUUCGAAGAGUUCGAAAAAGACGAAAACACCGAUCAAUGCAAGUGAAGAAACUGAUUUGGCCCUUGAAAUCCAGGGUCUUCAGAAAGUCUAAGUCUGAACCAUUUGGUUUACUCAGUGCAAAAAUCGUGAGCUGUAUCUAACGAGACUUAGAAAUUUACUUUUCAAGAGAUUUUCUACGGGUAUAUAAGGCGCAAUCAUUUCUUACUCUCUACUUUACGUUCGUGAAUUUAGAGUUGACACCAUGAAGUUCCUCGCAGUCUUCUUCUGCUUCAUUGCUUUCUGCUCCGCCGCACCGUCCAAAAAUGGACGUGUGGAAAUUGAUUCCAUCCUGCUCAAUGAAAUGGUCGACGCCUACGUUGAGCUCCUCAAGGAAAUCGAUCCGAUCAACAUCAAGGAGGAAACCUUCUUCGACAUCAUUGGAAUCUACUUCAAAGUAAAGAACGUACACGCUGAGGGCUUCUCCAACAUCUCGCACAGCAUCUCAUACAACUUGAGCUAUCCUCUCUCAACCUUCAAUGUCAACAUGAGCCUUCCCAGAACCUUUGGAGCUGUCGAACUUUGGGAUACCACCUUGCCUUUGAUUUACGGAAACGGAAGCUUGAGUUUCGACAUCAAAAACGUUCAGUUGAUGAUGCAAAUCGGUUUCAACAUGACCUCCAUGUUGUUCGAACCAGUCGUCUUCAAGCCUUCCAUUGAAAACGCACAGUUCGCAAUCACCGGUGUCAACCACAACGAAGUGUACAGUCAAGAAAUCAGCAACAAGGCCAACAAUGCGUUGAACGUUAUCGUCAACGACCCAGAGAUGCACGCCUCCGUGGAAGCGGAAAUUAGUGCCUUUUUGAAUGGCCAAUACCGUUCUUCUCCAUCUGCGGAUUGCUGGUGGUGUCCAUUCAUCAGAGCAUAA